AAGGUUCAACUGGUUAUUUGGGAAUUAUUCAACAGGCAAAUGUCCUCAUUACGAUAUGUAGAUUUAGUGCGUCUGCUAGUGUGUGUCUGCAAGUAUUGUAACAUUGACGUUCGCUCACCUACUGACGUGACAGCACCUGACACUGCACGCAUUAGCAGAUGCAUCCUAUCUCUGAAGCAACAGCCUUGGUCUACUUUUGAAAGAAGAACCCUUCACGUAUCUCCUGAUUCCAGGCCUCCAAAGAUCAACUCAUCUGUCUGAAGUUUCAUCAUGUCCACCGACCCUGCAAUAGAAUUGCCUUUCUUCUACGGCAGCAUCAGUCGCUCAGAAGCUGAGCAGCAUUUAAAACUGGCCGGUAUGGCCGACGGCCUCUUCUUGCUACGACAGUGUCUGCGGAGUCUGGGUGGAUACGUCCUCUCUGUUGUGUGCAACUUGGAGUUCCACCAUUACCCCAUCGAGAAACAGAUGAAUGACACUUAUUGUAUCACGGGAGGCAUACCUCACUGUGGGCCUGCUGAGCUCUGUGAGUUUUACAGCAAGGACCCUGGUGGGCUGUUGUGUGCUCUGAAGAAACCUUGCUUACGUUCCUCGGACACACCGAUCCGGCCCAGUGUGUUUGACAGCCUGAAAGAAAACAUGCUGAGGGAGUAUGUGAAACAGACCUGGAACCUUGAGGGUGAAGCCAUGGAGCAGGCCAUCAUUAGUCAAGCUCCCCAACUGGAAAAGCUAAUCGCCACUAUGGCCCACGAGAAGAUGUCGUGGUAUCACGGCAAAAUCUCCCGACAGGAAUGUGAGAGACUGCUCUACAGUGGAACACAACCAGAUGGCAAAUUUUUGAUUCGUGACCGAGAGGAGUCUGGUACUUUUGCACUCUCCGUUAUGUAUGGAAGAUCCAUUUAUCACUAUCAGAUCCUCCAAGAUAAGUCAGGGAAAUAUUACAUGCCAGACGGAUUGAAGUUUGACACUAUUUGGCAGCUGGUAGAGUUCCUGAAGAUGAAACCUGACGGUUUGGUGACAAUUCUGAGUGACCCAUGUGUCAACAAUGCUGCUGCAAAGACACCGAGCCUUCCCGCAACAAGGCGAAAAGGCCUAAAUAGCUACACACCAACACCUCGAGCUGUGGCUGUGAAAACAGUCACACCUGAGCCUGUAGAUAAUGCUCUUCCAAUGGACUGCAUUGGCUUUAACCCAUAUCACAACCCCAAUGAUAUUAAGAAGUUUAACAUCCAGAGGAAGCAGCUUUUCAUUGAUGAAGUGGAGCUGGGCUCUGGCAACUUUGGCUGCGUCAAGAAGGGUGUCCUUGAUACUGGAAAGGCCCAGUUAGAUGUAGCCAUCAAAGUGCUGAAGAAUGACAAUGAGAAGCUAAUGAAGGAGGAGAUGAUGAGGGAGGCAGAGAUAAUGCACCAUCUGAGUAAUCCCUUCAUUGUUCGGAUGCUGGGGUUAUGCAACGCUGAGAACCUGAUGCUCGUCAUGGAGAUGGCUGCUUCUGGGCCUCUCAACAAGUUUCUCUCCUCCAAUAAGGAUACAGUAUCGGCGGAGGACAUUGUCAACCUGAUGCACCAGGUGUCGAUGGGAAUGAAAUAUCUGGAAGAGAAAAACUUUGUGCACAGGGACUUAGCAGCUCGAAAUGUCCUGCUGGUCAACCGACAGUUUGCCAAAAUCAGCGACUUUGGGCUGUCCAAGGCCCUGGGAGCAGACAGCGAGUACUACAAGGCCCGUUCUUCAGGACUAUGGCCGCUGAAGUGGUAUGCUCCUGAAUGUAUCAACUACCGCAAAUUCUCCAGUAAAAGUGACGUGUGGAGCUUUGGCAUCACCAUGUGGGAAGCCUUCUCAUAUGGCAGAAAACCGUACAAGAAAAUGAAACAAGUGGAGGUGAGCAAUUUCAUUGAAAGUGGGAAACGCUUGUCGUGUCCAACCAAUUGUCCAGAUCGAAUGUAUGCAGUGAUGCAAGAAUGCUGGAGAUAUAAACAUGAGGAUCGUCCUGACUUCAAAAAUGUGGAAGAGACCAUGAGAUCUUACCAUUAUUCAUUAUCAAAAAAGGUUAAGCCAUCGGAUGCUGCCACUGCUGCAGAGCUUAACGAGUAGACAUAAAAACAAAGCACAUUCUGUGCCAUGGCUACACAAUGUGUCCAUUCAUCUGAUCAUUAAACAAGCAAAACAAAGAGCUAUUUAUGAGCCGUCCACACUGACCAGCCUUAACUCUGGCAGUGAUACAGCUAAACAGGCCUUGGUGGUGAUAAUUAAGCAUUUGGAACAUGAGUGUGUCAGCUGCAUACACAUACUCUAUAGGAUCUUUUUGUCAGUUUGAAUGUCUGCAUCUUUACAUUGAUGAGCAAACCGUUUCUGCUUUUAUUCCCCUUUAUAAUAUUGUACUGUUAAAAGAUCCUUGGAGUUGCUUUUUGGUUGGGCCGUAAAACAUUUGUGUGUCAAGAAAGGGGGAAACGUGGGUUAGACUUCUGCAAAUAAAGUACCACCUCUUAUUUUC